GACUUCUGGAAGCAGUCAUUUCUGUCAUUCUUCAUCCCAGUGUGGCAGUUAGACUAACAGCAGCUUGGUGUUUGCGCUGCGUGGCAGUAGCGCUGCCGUCCUAUGCAUCCCUGCUGUUGGAUCGCUGCAUUGACCGUCUCAGUGCAUUGAAAUCCUCCCCAGAGGCAGUUACUGGUUAUAGUUUUGCUGCUGCUGCUUUGCUGGGUGCAGUAAAACUCUGUCCUUUGGGAAUUCCACAUGGGAAAGGGAAGGUCAUCAUGACAGUAGCAGAGGAUCUGCUGUGUUCUGCUUCUCAGAACAGUCGCAUUUCACUGCAGCGAACACAGGCAGGAUGGAUGCUGAUAGCUGCCCUCAUGACGUUAGGUCCUGCUGUUGUCCAACACCAUCUGCCCAGAAUACUGUUGCUGUGGAAGUGCAUCUUUCCAUCAUCUCCUAAAGAUCUAGAAACAGAGAAGACUCGAGGAGAUUCAUUUACAUGGCAAGUAACGCUGGAAGGCCGUGCUGGCGCUCUCUGUGCUAUCAAGAGCCUUGUUUCCCACUGUGCUGGUCUGCUUACAGAUGAAGUUGUUCAGAGACUUCUCCCUCCUCUCCCAAGUGCUGUUGAUUUAUUGAUUCAGCUUUCUUCAAUAUAUAAAUUAUAUGGAAAUUCUUUAAAAACAUCAUCAACGGUUUACAGACAUAAACUUUAUGAAUUACUGGCAGUAUUACCUCCAAAGACUUAUGAAGGAAGCUUCUCUGUUGUUCUAAAAGAGCUAGUGGCUGACUUGACUGUUCCAGAUAGCCAGAUUGAUGCCUCUACAUUUUUGCUUCCACCUCUUUGUCAUGAGAACGAUCUCCUUCUGCUUGGCCCCUUACUGCAGGAGACUGACCACCGAUUCAUUGAAGAGCAGCUCCUCUUAGGUAACAACAUAGCUGGAGGCAGCCUGGAAUAUGACCCUUACUCAGUUUAUGAGAAAGCUGCAAAAGGGGAUUCAGUGCCUAAACCUCUACCUCCCAUGUUGUCUGUGAUCAGUGCAGCAACUCGUCUGUUUGGAGUUAUAUUUUCCCAUGUAGCAGAAUCUCAGAGACUUCAGGUGUUGGAACAGUUGUUGGAUUCUAUAAAACAAACAAAAGGAUCACGGCAACAAAUAGUACAACUAAACGUUGUGUCAGCCUUUUCUACUUCCUUAAAGCACUUGGCUAGCUGCAAGGGAAAUUUAGGUCCAGAAGAAGUUAGAAGAUCUGCCCUGACGUUAGUAAUGGGUGCCUUGGAAAGCAAUAACCCGCUGUUGAGAUGUGCUGCUGCAGAGUGUUUGGCCAGGCUGGCACAGGUGGUUUCUGACAGUGCCUUCACUGCUGGAUUAGCACAAGUUAGUUUUGACAAGCUAAAAUCAGCUAGGGAUGUGGUAUCAAGAACAGGUCAUUCUUUGGCUUUGGGAUGUCUGUACAGGUACCUCGGAGGAAUAGGUUCCACUCAGCACCUGAAUGCAUGUGUUGGAAUCCUUUAUACCUUAUCUCAGGACAGUACUUCUCCUGAUGUACAGGCUUGGGCGCUACAUUCCCUGUCACUGAUCGUAGAUUUAGCAGGUCCCUUGUUCCAUAUGCACGUGGAACCUACCUUAUCCCUGGUUCUCAUGUUGUUGUUGACUGUGCCUCCUGCUUACACUGAAGUUCAUCAAAGUCUGGGUCGCUGUUUAAAUGCACUUAUUACUGCCUUGGGCCCCGAGUUGCAAGGCAGCAGUAAAACAGUUUCAGCCUUAAGAACUUCUUGUCUUCUGGGCUGUGCAGUGAUGCAAGAUAAUCCUGACUGCCUUGUCCAGGCUCAAGCCAUCUCUUGCCUUCAGCAGCUUCACAUGUUUGCUCCUCGACACGUCAACUUGUCUAGCCUUGUAAGCUGCCUGUGUGUGAACCUCUGUAGCUCUUACUUGUUACUGAGACGUGCGGUGGUAGCUUGUCUGCGUCAGCUCGUGCAAAGAGAAGCUGCUGAGGUAUCAGAAUAUGCUGUUGCUUUAGUGAAAGAGAGCCGAGAAGAUUUUACUCCAGAUGUUAACAUCAGAGAAAUAGGCCUGGAAGGAGCAUUGCUGGGCUUGCUGGACAAGGAACUGGAUCCAAGAUUGUGCCAAGAUAUCAAAGAGACUCUGACUCAUAUGCUGACUUCAAUGGCAGUUGAAAAGCUCUCCUUUUGGCUGAAGCUGUGUAAAGAUGUUCUUGCUGCAUCAGCUGAUUUCAAUACAGUAGCUUCACUGGAUACUACUCAAGAAGAGGAGACUGCUAAAGCAGACGAUGCAUCUGUAUUAACCUCUGCAAGUGAUGAGAGGUCCCACCCUUUCAGUAAUCCACGUUGGUCUACAAGAGUUUUUGCUGCAGAGUGUGUUUGUAAAAUUAUCAGCCAGUGUGAAAAUGCAGACACUGCUCAUUUUGACAUAACUUUGGCUCAGGAAAGAAAACAACGUGAUUCAAGAGAUGACUUCUUGGUGUUGCAUUUAGCUGACUUGAUACGUAUGGCUUUUAUGGCUGCCACAGAUCACAGCGAUCAGCUCCGUCUUUCUGGACUUCAAAUGUUGCUAGUUGUUGUUCGGAAAUUUGCAGCUGUUCCUGAACCUGAGUUUCCAGGGCAUGUAAUUCUGGAGCAGUAUCAAGCCAAUGUUGGAGCAGCACUUAGGCCUGCCUUUGCCCCAGAAACGCCCCCUGAUGUCACAGCAAAAGCAUGUCAGGUGUGCAGUGCCUGGGUAGCAAGUGGGGUAGUAAGUGACCUUAGUGACCUUCGAAGGGUUCACCAGUUGCUAGUAUCCUCCUUGGUCAAAGCCCAGGCUGGGAAAGAAGCACAAAGUCAACAGUAUAAUGAAAGCACCUCAACUAUGGAGAUCCUGGCCGUGCUUAAGGCUUGGGCAGAGGUUUACAUAGUUGCAGUUGAAAAGCAGAAAAAUCUAAGCGAUGCACACAAUCACUCUUUGAAAAUUACCAGCUCUACAGAAGAAAGCUACAGAGAGACAGGAUCUUCAGUCAGCGGGCUCCUGGAACUAGUUCAGGCAGAUCUGGGAACCCUGAGCAAGCUCUGGCUUGCUGCACUCCAGGACUUUGCUCUCUUAACUUUGCCUUCAGAAUAUGCAUCUCAAUUACCUGCUGAAGGUGGUACGUUUUAUACAGCAGAGACAAUUGAAAAUGCCAGACCUCAUUACUACAACUCCUGGGCGCUAAUACUUUAUGCUGCAGCAUUAUGGCUUACUAGCACAGGUUUUAUCGUUGCUGAUCCAGAUGAAGGAGUAACAAACCUUUCCAGACCUGUCACCCCAACUACAAUGUGUCAAGAUUCUUCUUCCAGACCCUUGGUGAAAUCUCCUGAGGAUAUCAAUACUGACAGAUUUCAUCUUAUCUUGGGAAUUAGCGUGGAAUUUCUUUGCUCCCCUCGAUCAGAUACAGCGAUGGAGAACAUUGUGGCCUGCUUACAUGCUCUACAAGCACUCUUUGAUGUUCCAUGGCCGAGGUCUAAAAUAGGGGGUGAUCAGGAGCUGGGUGUAGAACUGUUGAAUGUUUUGCAUCGACUGAUACUGACCAGAGAAUCACCUGAUAUUCAGCUUGCUGCCCUUGAAGUGGUUCGACUGAUUCUUUUUGCAGCUCAGGAACAUGUGAAAGAAAAACGCAGAAGUGCAGAAGUUGAUGAUGGUGCUGCAGAAAAGGAAACGUUGCCAGAAUUUGGAGAAGGCAAAGAUACAGGAGGACUAGUGCCUGGGAAAUCAUUAGUCUUUGCAACACUAGAGCUGUGUGUGUGUAUUCUUGUCAGACAGCUUCCCCAGCUCAACCCUAAGUUAACUUGCAGCCCUGCAGUUCAAUCUGGAAAACAUCUGUUAUUGUCAGAGGAUGGAAGCAGACUGGUAGCAGCAGCAUUAGUUAUCCUCUCCGAUGUUCCUGCAAUCUGUUCUCCUGAAGGAAGCGUUUCAGUUCUUCCCACUAUCUUGUACCUUAUAAUUGGAGUACUCAAGGAAACUGCUGUGAAGUUGCAUGGGGGCCAGUUACCUCUGGCCGUGGCUGCGGCUCUGCAGGCCCUCAGAGGGCUCGUGUCUUCGCCCAUGGCUCGAGCGGAGAAGAGUCGGGCUGCUUGGACGGAGCUUCUGCGCAGCGCUCUAGUCACAGUGCUCGACUGCUGGGAUCAAACAGCUGAGCUCCCGCUGGAUGAAGUGAGCCUGCUCACGGCCCUGACGGUGUUCGUGGUGUCUGCCAGCCCGGAGGUGGCCGCCGGGGGCUGCCUGCACAGCCGCUGCCUUGAGAAGUUUCAGUUAACGCUUCACUUGAAAGAUCCUUUUGUACAGCAUAAAUGCUACCAGCUGCUGCACUCCAUCUUUCAGCAUCCAAACAAAACUGUGUCGUAUCCUUAUAUCCAUUCUUUAGCACCAUCCAUUGUGGGAAAAUUGCAGGAAACAGAAAAAGCAAAACCUGAGAAUGCUGCUGAACUUCAAGUUGUCCAGGAGGGAAUCAAGGUGAUUGUAGCUCUCACGGCUGCAGCUGAGGAAGAGCACCGUGCUCAUUUGGUGGCCUGCCUUCUGCCCAUCCUUAUUUCCUUUCUUUUGGAUGAAAAUGCCCUGGUGUCUGCUACAAACUCAGCAAAAUACUUACAUGAGUUUGCUUUGCAAAAUCUGAUGCAGAUUGGUCCACAGUACUCGUUAGUCUUCAAAAAACUAAUCGCUUCCUCUCCAACUAUGAAAGCCAGGCUGGAAUCAGCUGUAAAAGGCAAUCAGGAAAGCAUCAAAGUGAAGACUGCUAAACAUGGAAAGAAUCCUGGGAAAAGUUCAAGUAUCCAGCUGAAGACCAACUUUCUUUAAAGUCUCAUACUGUAAUUUUAUGCA